ACUCAGUCUAUCCCACUGAGCUGUCAACACACAGAAACCUCUCUCUCUCUCCACUCUGCCUCCUCUCUGUUCAGACCACAUUAUUCUAUCAAACUAGGUCCGUCUUUCUUUUCAACGACGUGUUCCUCCAGAUAACAGCUGCUCUCGUCUCAGCAUGCCUCGGAGGUGAUCUUCAGCGUGUCCAGGUGGUUCUGGGUUCCAGGUUGGUGUGGUGAGAGAGCAAGCUAACUGCGGGGAGGAGGACCGCCUGGGGCAUCGUGUCCCUGGCUAUCAAGUGACUGAGGGAGGGGCUUGGCAAACUGUUCUGCAGCAUGGAGAAGGAAGACCUGAAGGUCCUCAACAAAGGGGAAGAGGAGGAGAUGGAGCUGCAGGGCUUCCGUCUGUGUCGUUGGCGGCUGGCCCUGGUGGGCCUCGGGGUGCUGUGUACAGGGGGCUUCCUCCUCCUGCUGCUCUACUGGAUGCCAGAGUGGUGUGUCAAAUCCACCUGCACCCGUGCCACAGCCCGUAAUGCCGAAGUGGUAUUGCUGCGCUCCACGGAUGAGUUCCGGCGCUGGUUCCUGGCCAGGGUGCGAGUGAUGCUGGCCCCGGGGAGCAACCCCUUCCACAGCCUGGAGACCCAGACCACCUCCCCCUCCUCCACUUCCUCCCCCUCCUGUCCCUUCUCCUCAUCCCCUCUGGCCAACGGACACACCCCCGGCCCCUCCGAUGGCAGCUCCGCACAGGAGCUCAUCAGAAGAUAUGCCGACUACCAGCCCACACAGAUUCGCUAUUUUACCUUACAUAGCACAAAGUAUUAUUGGAACGACGGGCUGCAGAACUUUGAAUUUUUAACCGGCCUGGAUGAUCUGCAGGUCAGCUGCUCCACCCUCCACUCGGAGCACAGUGCAGGCCUGACCAGGAACCAGCAGGAGUACAGGAGACUGUUCUUCGGAGUGAAUGAAAUUGCAGUGAAAGUGCCUUCUGUUUUCAAGCUGCUUAUCAAAGAGGUCCUCAACCCUUUCUACAUCUUCCAGCUCUUCAGUGUGAUCCUGUGGAGUGCCGAUGAGUAUUACUAUUAUGCUGUGGCCAUUCUCUUCAUGUCGAUCAUAUCCAUAGCUACCUCUCUGUACACCAUCAAAAAGCAAUACGUCAUGCUUCACGACAUGGUGGCAGCUCACUGUAUUGUCCGAGUGUCUGUAUGCCGAGCCAACAAUGAAAUCGAAGAGAUUUUGUCUACUGAUCUGGUGCCCGGCGAUGUGAUGGUCAUCCCCAGCAAUGGGACCAUCAUGCCAUGUGACGCCGUGCUGGUCAGCGGCACCUGCAUCGUCAAUGAAAGCAUGCUCACAGGUGAGAGCGUUCCUGUGACAAAGACCAACCUCCCAAACCCCUUGCCUGGGGAGAGGGAAGGGGAGGCUGACGAUGCCUACAACACAGAGGAGCACAAGAGACACACACUCUUCUGUGGCACCAACGUCAUCCAGACCCGCUUCUACACAGGCGACCUGGUCAAGGCUGUGGUGGUCCGCACAGGUUUCAGCACAGCCAAAGGCCAGCUGGUGCGCUCCAUCCUUUACCCGAAACCCACCGACUUCAAGCUGUACCGUGAUGCCUACCUCUUCCUGUUGUGUCUGGUGGCUGUGGCUGGAAUUGGCUUCGUCUACUCCAUCGUCCUCAGCAUCAUGAACAAGGUGCCAGCCAAAACCAUCAUCAUCGAGUCCCUGGACAUUAUCACCAUCACUGUGCCACCGGCGCUGCCAGCCGCCAUGACAGCUGGCAUUGUGUACGCCCAGCGACGCCUCAAACACCUUGGCAUUUUCUGCAUCAGCCCACAGAGGAUUAAUAUCUGCGGUCAACUCAACCUUGUCUGCUUUGACAAGACUGGAACUCUGACAGAAGAUGGAUUAGACCUAUGGGGAGUCCAGAGGGUUGAGAAUGGCAGUUUCCAGCUGUCAGAGGAAAAUGCAUACAAGGAAAAUCUUGUCAAGUCCCAGUUUGUGGCUUGUAUGGCCACCUGCCACUCUCUCACCAAAAUAGAGGGCCAGCUGUCUGGAGAUCCGCUGGACCUCAAAAUGUUUGAGGCUACAGGCUGGAUCCUCGAGGAGGCCACUGAGGAGGAAACGGCUCUCCACAACCGUAUCAUGCCCACUGUGGUUCGACCCCCAAAACAGCUGCUGCCCCCAGAGCCUGCCGUCUUACCAGAGCAGGACAUGGAACUGUAUGAGCUCCCGUCAACGUAUGAGAUCGGUAUCGUGCGCCAGUUUCCCUUUUCCUCAGCACUCCAGAGGAUGUGUGUGGUGGCUCGUCUGCUGGGGGAGAAACGUAUGGAUGCCUAUAUGAAGGGGGCGCCAGAGGUGGUGGCCAGUCUCUGCAAGAGAGAGACAGUGCCAGAAGACUUUGCAGAGGUUUUGGAGGGCUACACCAAGCAGGGUUUCAGGGUCAUAGCUUUGGCUCAUCGUCGACUUGAAUCCAGACUCACCUGGCACAAAGUCCAGAACAUCAGCAGGGAUCACAUAGAGGCAAACAUGGAGUUCCUGGGUCUGAUCAUCAUGCAGAACAAGCUGAAGGCAGAAACCCCAGCGGUGCUGCAGGACCUUCACCAAGCUAGCAUCCGCACAGUCAUGGUUACUGGUGACAACAUGCUGACAGCCAUCUCUGUGGCCCGGGACUGUGGAAUGAUCCCUCCCCAAGACACAGUCAUCAUAGCUGAUGCCCUCCCUCCCCAUGAAGGACAAGCCGCCAAGAUCACCUGGAGAUACGCCGACAAGCCGAGCAGGACAUCUCGCCUGGAGCAAGUGUACAUCGGUCUGGAGGAUGUGUGUCACGUAGAUGAGCCCAAAACACAAGAGCUGUACCACUUUGCUAUGAACGGAAAAUCGUUUGCCGUCAUCUCCGAGCAUUUCCCUGACAUGCUUCAAAAGCUGGUGCUGCAUGGGACAGUGUUUGCAAGAAUGGCCCCGGACCAGAAGACCCAACUCAUUGAGGCGCUGCAGGGCGUAGAUUACUUUGUGGGGAUGUGCGGAGACGGAGCAAAUGAUUGUGGGGCUCUGAAGAGGGCUCAUGGUGGCAUCUCUCUGUCAGAGCUCGAGGCGUCGGCAGCUUCUCCCUUCACCUCCAAGACCCCCAACAUCUCCUGUGUCCCCAGCCUCAUCAGGGAGGGGCGUGCUGCUCUCAUCACCUCCUUCUGUGUGUUCAAGUUCAUGGCCCUCUACAGCAUCAUCCAGUACAUCAGUGUCACCCUCCUCUACUCUAUCCUCAGUAACCUUGGAGACUUUCAGUUCCUCUUCAUCGAUAUUGCCAUCAUCCUCCUUAUUGUCUUCACCAUGAGUCUGAACCCAGCGUGGAAAGAACUGGUGUCCCGUCGUCCCCCAUCAGGUCUGAUCUCAGGGCCUCUGCUGUUCUCUGUGCUGACCCAGAUCCUCAUCUGCUUGGGCUUCCAGACCAUCACAUUCCUUUGGGUCCGACAGCAGCCCUGGUACUCAAUGUGGACACCGAGUUCAGAUGCCUGCAACCAUUCAGCCCAUAUUAACGUCUCCGACCACAACGACACAGAAUGGGACGACCACAACAUCAAGAACUACGAGAACACCAGCCUCUUCUAUGUCUCCUCCUUCCAGUAUCUCGUUGUUGCCAUCGUUUUCUCAAAGGGCAAACCUUUCAGGCAGCCGAGCUACAAGAAUUGGCCUUUUGUGCUGUCUGCCUUGAGUUUGUAUUUUUUCCUGCUGUUCAUCAUGUUCUAUCCUGUCAAAGGCAUUGACGAAUUUCUAGAGAUUGUUUGCAUCCCGUUUGAAUGGAGGGUAAAACUCUUCCUCAUCAUCUUAGUCAAUGCUGCUGUGUCUGUUGUGGUGGAGACCUUCAUCCUUGACAUCGUCUUAUGGAAGCUUGUGUUCAGCCGAGACAAACAGGGCAGCUUUGGCAUCACUCCUGCCGCUCCGACACCACAGGGGAUCAUUGACCUUCGGGCGUACAAGUGUCUGUACCGGCUCUGCUGCCCAGGCAAGAUGACACCCAAGGCUCGCUACAUGCAUCUGGCCCAGGAGCUCAGUGUGGACCCCGACUGGCCUCCAAAGCCAACCACCACCACUGAAGCCAAGUCCCGCCCAGAAAAUGGCUCCACCUAUCAAAUCAUGAUCAACUCCUAGCACCCCCCCACAGCCACUCACAGUACCUAAUCUGUCCCUUUCAUACAGGGGAGGUGUAUGCAUACGACGCGUGUUCAGUGAACGCACCUUCAACCUAGUCAAAGAAAAUUGUCCCAGGAUAAUUGCUUGUCGUUACGGUUCACAGAGACUUGCGUCUAAUACUGUAGUUUCCAGAGACGUUGCUGCAAAAACCUUAAGAUUACACAUGAGUACCAAAUAACGUUUCAUUUCUCUCAGUGCUCUUGCUCUCUCUGGCUCAACCACUCGCGCUCUCAGGUCUCUCUUGCUUGUCUUUAAAUGUCAUUUAAACAUCAGGAACAUUUAAUGUAAUUCCCGUUCCUUAUUGCAAUGUCUGUUCACCAAAACUGAGCAGCAUUCAACCCAGGCUGGGGUGAUAAGUCAGGUCGAAUAUGUACAUUGACCCCUCACUUUGUCUGCGUGAAAGGGGUGUAAAAGAGAGUCCCACUCAACUUCAGAGCUGUGCUGUCAGGAAUGUCAUGCAACAGCGUCUUCAGAUUCCAUCAGCAACCACAGUAGUAGAUGUCAAUUUUACUUGUAAAAUAGCCUAAUAUCAUGUCUGAGCCUUUCAGAAUGAUCACUGAAAAAAUAGACUAAGGAGAAGUACAGUAUUGGAUGCAACCAAUGCUAGUGUAGAAGAAGGGUUGUAGUUUGGCCCUCUAAAGUACGACCCACUCUUAAAUGGUGAGUAAGAAAAGAUAAAGAGUCUGGAAGAGUUUAGGCAGAGGGUGGAAGAAAGGGUUCAACUCUGUAUGAUCUGAUCAUACGGUUUUUAAAAGCAACAGCAAGUCCACUUUAUAUUUGUCUUCUGAGCAGCCAUCACCUCACUUUUAGGACAUUCAGCAACUUGUUUCACAGGUUUAACCUGCUGUAGGCGGUGUGGGCUCUGAUUGCUACUAUGUAGUGGUCUUAUACAGCUAAUGUACAUAUAUAUAUAGAGAGUCAUUUUAAUGAGCUAGCAUCACCACCUGGCAAGCACUCAUUAGAGAGCAUUGAAUCAUAACCAAAAAGCUUUCAAGCUUACCAUGGACCCCCAGGGAUGACUGAAAUUACUCAUUUGAGACCAGUAUUUAAAUAGUCUUUCAAGCACACUGUGAGUUGUCAAAGAUUAGGAAUCUUGGAGCAGAUUCAGUCAACUUCACUAGCACACCUCAGGCAGAAGUUCCUAAUCACAUUCGCAAGUAAACACAAAAAUAAGCUGAUUGGCUGUCGAGAGCCAACGAUAGAAGUCUGGACAAGUAUAGAAAAUUAGAUGGGACAUUUCUAGAUUUUAAAGAUUCGGAAACUUCACAAUAAGUCUGAAAAUAUUCACGUUUUGUCAGAGCUGACAGGACAGGUAAUCAAGUUUUUGUAAAUCCCUGGCCACUUUUAAUUUAAACCCUCGGAAAUUGAGAAAAUUACUUGUUGAAGUUAUAGGUUUAGGGAAAGUGUGUUUUUCAAAUUGCAGGCCUUAAUCACAAAAUACAUUACAUUAUACAUCAGAUUGAUGAUUGACACUACAAAGUGAUGGACCUCAGAAAGUAAUCCGAGGUUGCAUUUCCUUCAUAAUUUGGCCAAAAGUUUCAUCCAAAAACAUCACGGCUUGUAAAAAGUAAAGGACUUAAAGGAGAACAGUGAGGGAGACAGAUGUGCUCAUCCUCUCUCAACCACAGGCUGGGACCUGUGGCAGGAUCUCCAUUGUGUUUGUCAGAGUUUACCUUUACGGUUUUUGAUAAAGAUAUUAUUAUGUAGAAAAAUAAAAAACUGAAAAAAACAACAACAAACAAAAAGACAAGUUUCAUCUCAGCUUUUUAGGCAUGCUAGUGGAUCCAUUGGUCUGUCCGUCCACCAACCGUUCAACACUUCAUAACAGGAUACCUCUGAAACUAAUGACUGAAUUCUCAUCAACCUCAGCUAUAGUUUGAUAUUAAUCCUAACAUAGCAUGCUACCAUACCACCAGCAUGGCAAGUGUUAGCAUACCACGCUAACAAGUCUGACAGGGAACAACAUGGCCUUUCCUCUGGCGCUCCCCUAGUGGUAAAGAUCUAACAACAGCAAACGCGUCUCUACUUUUCGUGCAUUUAAAGAUGUUUUUUAGUGUCUAAUGAACUUUUCACUCUCAUGGGCCGCCAGCGUGGCUAUAAACUUUUUAAUCUCAUGUUCUUGCAUCUAUGAGCCACGUCCUGUCAGCAUCAGACAGGCGACUGAAAACAUACCAACACUUGCAUGAGGCCAUCUCCCUAUCCUCAUGUUCUGAGGACUUGAUGGUUGCAAUACUAGAAAUAUAACUACAAAUACAGCAUUACUGUAGAAUGAAGGAACAUUUACAUUAAAAUCUCUGUAUUUAAAAAAAAAAACAAAAAAAAAAUCUGCACAAGAAACGGCAUGAAACUGGCUGGUUAUGGUGGACAGUUAAUUGCAUGCAUGAGAACAUACAAAUCAAAGAAUCCUACAUUUACAAACUCGUGUCAGAUUGGCUCCAGAAAGCUAGCAGAACAUUUAUUUUCUUUAAAAACAAAAUUUCUUCCUAUGGAAGACUGAUUAAAAGCGUGAUAGUAAAUUAAGGCAAGGCGUUGUGCAUCUCAUCAGCUCGCUGCACAUUCAAAACAUCCAUGCAACAACACACGCUGCAUAUGAUGAAUGCUGAUUACCAUAUAUACUAAGUAUUCAUGUAUUAAACAUAGGCUACCUGCAUAGAGAGUUAAGGGCUAUGUUUUAUGUUCACUGCUCUUUCUUUGACAUCGAAAGUGAUGCUCCCAAAAAAUGUAUUCUUUAAGUAUCAAACACUCUUUAAAGGUGGCUGUAAAAAAAGUGUUGCUUCUUCCUCAAUAACAGCCUGACUGUGUAAAUUCAGUUUGUUAAAGAGAUAGUUUGGGUAUUUUUGAAGUGGGGUGAAAAAACCCUGUAAUUUUACCUCACAGAACACGGAGGUUGCUGGUCUACCAUUGCCUCGAUCGGUUAGUUGUUUUGUGAUAUUUUCUGACUUUGGUGAAUCCGAACUAACCAAAGAACCCCACUUCAAAACACCCGGACUAUCCCUUUAAGUUAGAUUACAAUAAUGGCACACUGAGCUAACAGAUGGACAGCAGAGAAGCAGUGUGCACUGCAGGAAUGGAUUGAGGAAUUUUUAUUUGCAUUUUGCUACUUUUUCCAGCCAUGAAAAUUGGUACUAUUGGAAAUCAUUCUAAUUAAUUGAAUUGAAUUUGACCACAGCCGCUGGAAGGAGAAGAAAACAAACGUUUUACAGCCACCAGACAUGGUGUUUGAUCCUCAAAAGGCAAGUUAAGGAUGGACUGUCACUUUCAAGCAAAGAUGCCAACACAUGCAGCUGGUUCUCAAUAUCAGCAUAACUGUAUACUCUGCCUAGCAGCCUGCCUUUCAUGAAUUGUACGGUUUAAUAUUAAUGAUUUCAAAUAGUGUGUCCCAAAAUAUUUUCAGAGUGCUAAUAAGUGGUUACAGGACACCAUGUUAGAAGAAUGUUGAACUAAAUGUAAUGUUACUCUUCCUCCCUGACAAAAUUAAGCACAUUUCUUCCUCAAACAUCUGGUAACAGCGCUGUCUUAUGUGACACAUGACAUCACAUUUAGCUUGUCCAUUGAUUAUUAAUGAUUUUAUUCAUAUGGAAACAAAAUCACAACAGAUUUCCUCAAUAUCAGUAAUAACGAGUCUGAAGUUGCGUAGUUCCUAAAAAGCCAUCGUCUAUUGAGAUGCUUGUAAUAUUACAUAUGAAACUUUGGAUCCAUACGGUUUCUAUGAAGAGCUCAAAUGUGAUAUGUGACAUUCUUUAUUUGAUGAGCAAAAGUAUUUUGUUAUAGUAUUUUGUGGGUAAAUUGUCAGCGUGAGAAGAAGGAUAGAUAUAUAUAUAUAUAUAUAUAUAUAUAUAUAUAUAUAUAUAUAUAUAUAUAUAUAUAUAUAUAUAUAUAUAUAGUGCUGUAGAUGAAACUGGUGAGAAAUGCAUAACGUGGCUCAAAUGGACUUUCUUGUGCCAAUUUGCAGAAAGAUUCUGAUAUGUUGUCAAACACACAGGCCACAUGGGUUUCUACGGUUCUGAAUACUUUUUCUUUUCAUAUUUGCUUUCAGGUUUUGUUUUUUCUUUAGACACCUACUGAGGCUAAAACUGAAUGUUGCGUAAAGAACAAAAUGUAAUGCAAUGCAAUACUACGGUUAUUGAUUCUUUUUCCAAAGACUUUUCAUCACAUCUGUAUUGGUUAUUUGAAAAAAAAAAAAAAAAGAA